AUGCCGAGCUCUACAUUCAAUGCGAUGAAGAAUGCUUUCAAGGAGUAUGACCCAGAUUCAUUCACGGAAGGAGGACACAGCAGCCAUACUGUUGUGAGCAAGAAGGAAGCUGAACCUGCGAUACCCGCACAGCCCAACAAGGGCAAGAGCCACGAGAAGAGAAAGAGACAGCAGGACCAGAUCAAUCAGAGUCAGCAUCCGGUCCAUGAAAAAGCGUUCAUAUCCACGUGUCCUUCUGGGGACUUCAAGUCAAAGCACGGUGGCUGGGAGGGAACGUUCGCGAUCAAGCAUGGAGGGUUUCCCCAUAUGUUUGAGAACCUAAUGCCUUCCAAGUCAAGGACGUGGCUAGGUGACAAGGCAGAAAAGCCGCUGCAGAAGAUGCCUGUCUUAGUGAAGUACCCGGACCAAGGCGGGCCGGGGUAUCCUGACCGAACACUCGGAAAGGAUUACAAGUAUGUGAGCGAGCAGAACUUUGACAUGGUGGAGAGGUUGAACCGGGGUUACAAGCUGGGGCUGGGGUCGGGCUUUCGGAAUGAGGAGAAGAUCCAAAGUGCUCCUUGGGUAACAACCUCUUCCAAGGCAGCCCUCUUCGAUCCCUUCGAGCCGUACAAGGAGAUCAACGCUAGUGUUUCGCGGGAGAACAGCACGAGACGAAGAGGGAUCCCGCUCCACCCGGCACAGCACAACACUCCGUUCAUCUCCGCCUCCAAGGUCCGGAGGCUGCCCACUGAGCUUUUCGGGUCCUUUGCCUACUUCCCCGACGAGUUUGUUGAGGACGGGUUCACAAAGUACGGGAAGAUCGUAGAGAAGCAAGCGCGGGCGCGGGACGAGAAGCGAGGAGUCAAGCCCAUCCAUCAUCCUCCGUGGGCCCUGACUUUCCUCUCUCCCUCCUCCAAGCUGACGCCUCCGUUGCUGCAGGUUCAGGACGAGCGGGCCGACCGUCUUGGCCAAGACCACACCUUCGAUCGCCUUCCGGCAUGUUCGACACUGAGCUUCAACACUGGAGCUUCAGGGAGGGCAAGCGCUUCACACUCGCUCCUUGACUUCCUCGGAUUGAAGAAAAAUGUUCUCUUUUCUCCGUACAACAGUUCCGCAUUCAAGUGGCUUCGGAAGGGAGGGCGGCAGAUGGGGGAGGAGGGGGAGGCGCGAGGAGGCGGAGGAGGCGGGGGAGGCGGAGGCCUGCGGUCCUUGAACCUCAACCACAAGAAGCUGCGAUCGCUCCCUACAGCAGCGCGAGAGGACAGGAUGUCGCAGGAGGGCGAGGGCAGCAGGUCUCCCCUCCUCACCCCCAGGGUGCUGCUGUCCCUCACUGCCCCUUCCCUCGGGCGACUGGAGGCUCUUCACCUGCGCGGGAAUCUCCUGAGGAGCCUGUGGGACAUGCAGAGAACGCCGAUGCUGGUGGUGCUGGACCUGAGCGAGAACGAUCUCACCAACGUCUCCGAGCUUGCCGCCCUCCAUCGCCUUCGCCAGCUCCACCUCAGCUCUAACGCCAUCGAGAACCCGCAGGCCGUCCCCACGUUGAAGAAUCUCUCCUUCCUCUCCCUCUCCUCCAACUUCCUCUCCUCCCUCGAGGGCCUGCAGCCUCAGCCCAAGCUGGAGAUCCUCCACCUGAGCAACAACAAGAUCGACUCGGUCAAGUACUUCCCACUCUGCCCUCGGCUACAGGAGCUGAGCUUGAAGGGGAACCCUGUUGCGCAGCAGGACAAGUACAGGAUAAGGAUGAUCCUUUCCCUUGCCGCUUCUGGGAUGUGCCACUUGCGCAGAUUGGACAACGAGCCUUUCAGUGAAGAAGAGCUAUCAGCGGCCAUCACUGAAACCCAUAACUUGAUAGUAAAAUGCGAUCGCAUCACCAGCCUCGCCUCUGCUCUUUCCUUGGGGGCUGCAGGGGGAACUGACUCCAAGGCUGACUCGCUGACUCGGGUUGGUGCAGCAAGGAGGCAUCAAGCGUUUCAUUUGGAGGGAAUCCAUGGAAAUGGCCAUGCUGAGAUCGGACAGAAAGUUUCGUUCGACUUCAGGUGGAAACCGAUUUCGUACUUCGAGAUCAAGAAACACGUAGCGGCAUUGCGGGACCAAGUGGAGACGCUCGAGUCGGACAUCACGAGAAAUCUGUCAAAGGCUCUGAUCAGAAAGGAGGGAGUGAGCAGGGAUGUGAAUGCUUCGGAGUCCGUUGCGCGAGCACUUCAAGGCGCCGAAUGGCUCUUGCACAAGCUGCCGGAGGAGUUGAGAGAGUGCAUCGGAUUCGGCUCCCUGCUUGCAAGUCUGAUCAGCAUGCGCAACAAGAUGACUGUCCGCUGGUAUCGAGUCGACGACCUGGGCAACAAGCAAGAGAUCUCCGAUGGCUCGGGGGACGAGUACACGGUCAAGGAGGAGGACGAAGACUUCACCCUGAAAGCAGAAAGCACUUGCUCCUGUACCAACUGGCUUCCGCUCUCGUUGGAGGAGCUAGAGGCGCUGUCGCAGGAUGCUCCCUGCUCAGAGGAUUUCCGAUGUCGCGCAGAGUCGAAGGCCUUUGCCUACACGUGCAGAGUGCGGAAAGGGCAGAAGAGCCUGAGUGUCCGCUGGUUCAAACAGGUGGAUGGGGAGGAGGCGAUGAAAGUGCCGGAUCGUCAACGGCUCGUGAUGCUGCAUCAGCAUCUGCCUCCCAUCGACUCGCAGGCAGAGGAGACCCCUUCCUCCUCCUUCCUCAUCCCAGCAGAGACCUUGGGAAAUCGCCUGUGGGUCGAGCUGCAGGCUCGUAGCAGCAGCUUCCCUCCCGUGCAGAGGAGCUACUGGGUUGCGUCCUCCCGCGUCCUCGCAGAGAAGGAUCCGACGAGUCCAUCGGAUGCUCCUCGAUCCUCGAGGCACGAACAAGUGCAGCAGUCAAGGCUGGCGGAAGGUCUGCAGAUUCUGCCUUCUCUUGCUCACUCUGAGAUGCCCAACAGUGGCAAGUGGGGACGUGCUGGAGGAAGCGAUGGAGCGGGCGAGCUCCCUGGCCGUUGCGAGUCGCUCGAGCCCGUUGGGAUGUGA